AAAGGGUGAAGCUGAAAGUAUUCGUCCUAUAUGCUUAAGCUUAAGUCUUAAUGGCAGCCUAUACGGUAAACAAAAAAAAAAGGAGAGGUGAUGCUGAUGAUUUAGUCAAAAGAGGGGUACGUUCUAGUAAAAACUAUUUUGUUUUUUUUUUUCUUGAAUGAAAAGAAUGAUUGAAAUUACUGAUUAAGCGAAUGAAUACUAUUAGAUUGGUAAUGUUAACCACAUGAGCAAACAUAUAUGAACCACAUAUAUAAUAAUAUUGUACAUUGGUGUGUGUGUGUUCCCUUGGGGUCUUUUGUCAGCCACCAGUUUCUCCGCCUUAGAAAUCCUAUAUAUAUAUAUAUCUAACCCGCUCACCUCAUGCAUGAAUAAAUAACAUGACCAUGAAACUAGCAGCAGCAGGUGCGGUUUGUGACCUCUGCCACCACCACCAACCUUCUCUCUACUGUUCCUCCGACUCAGCUUUCCUUUGCUUCCAUUGUGACUCUCAAGUUCACACCGCCAACUUUCUCGUUGCUCGCCAUAUCCGUGUUCCCAUUUGCAAAUCAUAUCACUCAGAUGAUGAUGAUGAUGAUGAUGCGUUGUCUUCAUCUUCUUCAUCCACUGUUUGCAUCUCUAACAAGACCAAUUCUAAGACAACGAAAUCAGCCGACUGGAAGACGAGAGAGGUGUUGGUGAGUUGGUGUUCAAGGCUCGGGGGUGGUAGCAGCAGCGUGAUAGAGGCGGCUAGACAUGCUUUUAAAGCGUGGUGGGUGAAUAGGAGUAGGUCGGAAAUGGAAUGCCCAUAUCGGGUGGGUUUGGCGGCUUCGCUUUGGUUGGGACUCACAAAGGACGUGCAUGACAUGAAGAAGAGAAUAAGAUUGCUCAAAAGACUAGAGGAGAUCUCCGGGGUGCCAGCUAAAUCCAUAGUGCUUGAGCAAUCAAAACUACUUGCCAAAACCAUGAAACAUCGCCACCGCCACCACCUACACCAAGAGGAGGAGGAGAGCUGGGCGGAAUGCUAGCUAGUAACUAAUUUUUGCAUGUAGAAAUCAUUGGUUUUGUAGCAAGAAUGGAGUGUUAAGAAUGCGGACUAAUCACAACCAAAUAACACUAGCAUGUUAUCUUUGUUUUCACUUUUCUUAAAAAGAACACAUGUAUGGUUGCAAAAUGAGAAACUAUUUCUUCUAAUACAUAGACAAGUCAUAUUCUAUGAAGAAAAGAUCAAAAGGGUGUGUGUUCUUUCUCAAUUUCGUGAUCUUGGUUAGUCAUGGCCCUUGAUUGAUCAAAAUACACAUAACUUAUGGGAUAUUGCAAGAUUAUUUGUGCCUUGAUACUUA